UCAAAAUGCAAAAUGGCGGGGAGUUGAAAAGCAAAACAGUGGAAAAGAAAAAAUCUAUUUAUAUUGUUUAAACACCAAUAAUACACGCCGACAUGCAUUUCUAUCCAUAAAUUUGUCAAGAUAACCAAUAUUAUGCGAUUGACAAAACCUGGUUGGGUUCAUCACGAUGGUAAGCCAAUAUUCUCCAUAGACAUUCAUCCAGAUGGCUCCAGAUUUGCAACUGGGGGACAAGGUGAUGAUACAGGAAAAGUUGUAAUUUGGAAUACAGCCCCUGUUAGAAAUGAGGCUGAUGAGAAAGAUAAAAAUGUGCCAAAAAUUAUUUGCCAGAUGGACAAUCACAUUGCUUGUGUGAACUGUGUACGAUGGUCAAACAAUGGAAAAUAUCUAGCCUCUGGGGGAGAUGACAAACUAAUAAUGAUUUGGCAGAUAAGGUACAGCGGAUCAACGUCUACGAUGUUUGGAUCUGACACUAAAAACCAAGAACAAUGGAGACCAUCUAUAACACUCAGGGGACAUUCAGGAGAUAUUCUAGAUUUAGCAUGGUCAGGAAAUGAUAGCUGGCUAGCCUCCUGUAGUGUAGAUAACUCAGUUGUUGUAUGGAAUGCUGACAAAUUUCCAGAACAGUUAGCAGUGUUGAGAGGACACAGUGGUCUAGUGAAAGGUGUGACUUGGGACCCUGUAGGGAAAUAUUUAGCAUCACAGGCUGAUGACAAAAGUGUAAGAAUCUGGAGAACCAGAGAUUGGCAGGAAGAGAAAUCCAUAACCAAACCAUUCCAAGAGUGUGGUGGGACCACUCAUGUUUUACGUCUGAAUUGGUCACCAGAUGGAGCGUACAUUGUAUCUGCCCAUGCAAUGAAUAAUUCAGGACCCACAGCACAGAUCAUUGAACGUGAUGGUUGGAAGGCAACAUUGGACUUUGUAGGUCAUAGGAAAGCUAUCACUGCAGUUAGAUUUAAUCCUAAUAUUUUUGCCAGUAGAAUAAAAGGCACAGAACAGCAUCCCCAGUACACUUGUUGUGCCAUUGGAAGUAAAGACAGAUCUCUCUCAGUAUGGCUGACAGCAUUGAAAAGACCAUUGGUGGUGACUAAAGACCUUUUUGACAGUGCUAUACUUGACAUUACUUGGAGUAAAAAUGGCAUGGAGUUAAUGGCUUGUUCCCAUGAUGGCACUGUAGCUUUUAUAGAUUUUACUCUGGCAGAAAUAGGAACACCACUUACUAAAAAUGAUGUGCAAAUGUUUCUUGAAAAAAUUUAUGGAAAAUGUCUUCCAAUGAACAAAACUUCCAAUCCAGCAAACCAAAUUAUUGAAUCGGCAGCCAUGUUGAAAUUACACCAGCAGCAGAAGAUACAACAACAAAUGCAGAGGACACCAGAAAAAAUGGACCCAACUAAAAGUCUCUCUGAUAGUUUUUCAAAUGAUAGUAGACUAACCAAUGGUGGUACACCGGGUACUCCUUUUAAGCCAACAGAGAAGCAGAUAGAAACAAAGACAAAAGAUGGACGGAGAAGAAUUACCCCAAUUUUUCUAGCACCGCAACCAGAUGUUAAUGUAGGCGAUGUUCCGUUACCUUUCUCAGCAAAAUCCAACCAGUCAGGUGAUAUUAUGUUUGAAACAACGAAAGAGGCCAGUAAGAUUGUUGUUGAGAAACAAGAUAUUAUUACAGGACCUGGGUUCAUUUCCCCACAGUCUAAAUCAUCCCUAUCACUAAGCCUGUCAUCACCACCACAGACUGGUAUACAGACUGGUACUCCUACAGUCUCCACACCAAAAGUGGGACAAACUGAGAAGAAAUCCAGUACAUCUGAAUCUGAUACUUCUUAUACUUCUAAAGUUUUUAUAAGUCCAAGCAUACAGCCCAUGUCUGCACUGGUAUCAAAAUCUGAAAGUACAGUGAAAGAAAAGCAAAAGGACAAAGACAAAGAAAAGAUAGAAAAACCAAAAUCCAGUCUCAAUACACCUGAUAGGUCGGAUAAAGAGAAGGUCAAGGACAAGUUAAAGUUAGCUGGGAUCAAAAGAAAGCAUGAUGGAGGUCAUGGUAAAGCCCGAGCAAAGAAAGAAAAACCAGCUCCACUUGUUCAUAUGCCUCCUCCUCCAGUGGAGAAAGAGACUAUACGGUUAGUUGCUGCAUCGUCUGAUCUCAAACUUUCCAUACCAACCACUCAGAAGACUUUUAACAAAGUGAUAACUGGCAAACCUGGUGCAGAUGAUGUCAUCACAUUGGAAGUGGAGAAUGACGUUAAAACUGGAGUUAACUCCCUUCAUAAGAUCAAAUCUGUUUGUAAUGGUACAUUGCUAUGGGAACAGGUGUUUACAUCAAGAAUUUUAGCUGUAACCGGGACCAAGUUUCUGACAUGUACAGCUUGUGAAGAUUCAUCAAUACAUAUAUUUUCUAAUACGGGCAGAAAAGUGCUUCCAAGUUUAGUGCUUAAUUCUCCUGUGUCUCGACUAACCAGCUGUAGGCAGUAUUUAAUGGCAAUUACACAAAAAGGAAAUCUUUUUGUAUGGAAUGUACAAAGAAGUAAAGCUGUGAUAAGAAAUGAAUCUCUUAUGACUGUCAUGUCUGGAGAUGACCAUAUAGUAAGGGCAUUUGUUACUGCUGAUGGAGCACCAACUGUUUCCAUAUCUACUCAUAAAUCCUACACAUACUCAUCUGAUCUUGGCUGCUGGAUUCUAUUGUAUGAUAAACAAGAUGUAAUACACCACAGUUCUGACCACCAUAGCUGUACACCUCCAGUUUUGGUAGACAAACCAGGACCUUUAGCGUUUUUAGCUUCAUCUAGUAAUAGACUUGGUAUGCAGGGAGGAAGAAUUUUCAGUGUUGACCAGAGCCUGCAGCAGGUUACCACUAUAAACCAUUUAGAAAGUCAGAUGGCAGCUAGUCUAUCAUUACAGUCAGGGUCAGAGUACAAAUUCUGGUUACAGACUUAUGUCCGAUACUUAGCUAAAGAAGGUUUAGAAACAAAAAUACGGGAAGUAUGUGAUGAUUUAUUAGGACCUGUGUACAAGUCAAAAGGUUCAUCAUCCUGGGAUUCAUACAUCCUGGGAAUGAAAAAGAGAGAACUACUUCAUGGAAUUUUACCAAACAUUGGCUCAAAUCUACAGCUUCAAAGACUUUUCACAGAAUACCAGGAACAAUUAGAAACAAUUGAAAAAUGAGGUAGUGAUUUAGCAAUCAUGGAUCAAAUUGACCUUAUUUGACAAGGUCAGAACAAAUACGGAAAUAUGACAUUCCAAUCAGUACAGCUGUUGAACAGAAACCAUUGCUGUGGUAAUCAUAGUUUCAGGAAAUUGGAGGAUGGGUGAUUCUGUGUUGUUGUAGUGCUAUUUUGUGUCAUUAUAAAAUGACAAAACUAAAACAUUCAGAAGUGCUAGACUUUCAAAAUAAAAACCAUUUAAGUUAG